UGACAGCUUGGGGAAACUAUCAGCGAGCGAAGUUAGUGAGCUGUUCAGACCUUCUCAGCUGGCUACCGAAACCCUUCAUCAAUUCCAAAUGGUGGGCAUCGGGGAUGCAUCCUGAGGACACUUCCAACACAGACGCGAAUAUGGAGCAUUUUCCUCCUGUAGCACCUCCAUCUUUUUCGGCUCGCUCCACUCACAUUCUUCUAAGCCCAUCCAGCCUCCUGAUGACCAGCCUGCAUUGGGGCCAACACAGACACAAGAGAUAAUUGUGGGUGACUCAUCUGCGGGAUGUGGAACUACUCCCAGCGGUUGGUCACUCAUGGGUAAACUAAAUUCCUGGAGCUCAGAUAUCUCAUAUAAAGAAGAAACUACAGUCCCUGCUGAAAACUACCAAUGAGCCUUUACCCUACGGCCUGCAGAGGAACACCACUAAAAUACAAGUAGAUUAUGACAAUAAAAUGUCAGUCAGAAAUACUGGCCUGCAGAAGAACUCUUCCCCUCAUUACUAUGGCAACAAGCCUCACCCAAGCCUUAACCCAUCCAACCUUACCUGGGCUGUCUCAGUUGAGCAUCUACAGGAGAAGGGUGUUGCUCCACUUGCUGUGGAAGACCAGUCAGAGGACCCCUGGAGGAUCACAGAUGAACAGCUGGAGUACUACGCCAUCCAGUUCACUAGCCUGCAGCCAGACCUGGGCUCUCUGAUCCAAGGAGCCGUUGCAAAGAACUUCUUCACAAAGUCAAAGCUACCGAUUCCAGAACUCUCUCAUAUUUGGGAACUCAGUGAUGUGGAUCGAGAUGGUGCUCUGACAUUCUCUGAGUUCUGCACAGCAUUUCACCUCAUUGUGGCGCGUAGGAAUGGCUACCCUCUCCCUGUGGCGUUGCCUUCUACCCUCAGUCUUGUGACCACUCCCCCUACCCUCGGUCUUGAGACCACUCCCCCUACCCUCAGUCUUGAGGCUAUGCCAGCUACCUUCAGUCUUGAGAACACGCCUUCUCACCUGCUCCCACGUGUUCUAUUACCUAAGCAGGACCACAACCUCAUAGAUAUUCCUGAGGCUCACAAAUCAGGAAUGAUCCUCUCACAGCAGCGCCAGACAAAGGAACCCUGUUACCAAGAACCUGUAAAUGAUCUGGUUCCAGAGAUAAGAUGGAGGAGCAGGCCCAGAUCCUACUCUAGCACUUCCAUUGAUGAGGUCAUAAAGAAGUGUGAGGAACCGCCCACCCCUCCACCACGGCCCAAGAAGACCCACUCUAGGGCCUCUUCUCUUGACCUUAACAAGCAGUUCCAACAGAGCAACCAAGAUUUAAAGAGUGGAUGGAUGACUACUCCUCCUGCUCUACCCCCAAGACCACAAGUUACACAGGUGGAGAGUGCUGCUGUGAAGUGUGAAGAGACAAGCCUGAAUUUCCUAACACCUGGCUCCAGUAUUGAUGACCUCUUGUUACACAAACAGGAGCUGACAGUCAUCUCCCCAAACCUGGUGCCACAGAAGCUGGUCCAGAAUUUGGAACCUCAGAAUCUGGUUUGUAGAAGUGUGACCACAAGGCAGAAGAGAAAAAUUCAAUCAGUCAUCCGUGAAAACCAGGUGGCCAAUGCAGUGUUGACGCGUCUCAACAGUGAGCUACAACAACAGCUGAAGGAGGUUCAUCGUGAAAGAAUCACCUUGGAGUCUCAGCUGGAGAUGCUCCGCCCACUUGCUCCGGUCUGACUUCUCCCUUUCCUGUGAGUGACCUGCCUGCUUGCCUCAGCGUGACUCCACCCCCUUUGCCCCAGCAGGACCAGUGAACUCAGUCCCGAGUCAGUAAUGAUGAAUGUACUAUCACUUAGAGAUGCACUGCCUCAUCAUCAUGUUUAGCUGGGUGAAUAGGACUGAACAAAUUAAGAUUUUCCUUUAGUUUGUUCAUAUUUAACAUAAGUAACAUACACACAAAACUGAGCGGCAAUCAGACCAGAGACUUAGAACUUGAAUGUGUUAUAUCAUAUUAUUAGUACUAUCCCAUAUUGUUAUCAUAUUGUCUUAAACCAUCACCACCAUAGUAAUGACUGAUUCGUCUGGAUUAUUGUGGUGCCAGCUAAGGUCAUGCUUCUAUUUUUGAUACAUAGUUGUAUGUUGUAUCUGGGAACAGCAGAAUAAGUGUUUCCUGUUGAAGCUUAACAAAAAGAUAUGGAAAGUUUCAUCAUGUGAUGUGAAUGCUAAAAUAAAUCACCUGAAUGUUAAUUAA